AUGUCAACAGGUAUUCGCAUUGUUUUGGUUGGUAAAACAGGAGUUGGCAAGAGCGCCACAGGAAACACCAUUCUCGGGGAGAAGAUGUUCAGAUCAGAAGCAAGAGCUACAUCGAGCAAUAAACAGUGCACACCUGGAACACAGAUGAUAAAUGGCAGAGAGGUGCUUGUUGUGGACACUCCUGGUCUAUAUGACACAAACAUGCCUAAUGACGAAGUGAUACAAGAGAUCACUAAAUGCAGCACUCUUGCAGCUCCAGGUCCACAUGUCUUCCUUCUCAUACUUUCCAUUGGACGCUUCACUGAAGAGGAGAAAUCCGUCAUUAGACAGUUCCAAGAACACUUUGGCAAUGAUGUGCUCAGAUACACAAUGAUUUUGUUCACCAGGGCAGAUGAUCUUGAAGACAGGACAAUUGAAGAGUACAUUCGUGAGGUCCCAGAGCUAAAUCCAGUGAUUAAAGCAUGCGAGGGCAGAUACCAUGCAUUUAACAACAGAGAGAAGUUAGACCGUUCACAAGUUGAUCAGCUCAUGAGGAAGAUUGAUGUAAUGAUGGAACGCAACAAAAACAGCUACUACAGCUAUGAGCUCAACCAUACAAAAAGAAUUGUGAAGGAAAAAGUGAAACAUGAGUCAUAUUGUAGCUUGUCAUAG